GGAAGAGAACAAAAUAUGUGACAAUGAUGCAUGUUUCCUUUGCUUUUGCUUCUUGCAAUUUCUACCUCAAUUCCCAAAUAUGUAUAAUAUUUGCUUUUGUCUAUACGAGUCAUCCUCAGCUUCCGCAAGAGUAGGCAAUUCAUCACGAGUCAAGCUACAACUGCGAAGCACGGAUGAAAAUCCUUCGGAUUCUUCUUCCCUAUUAGACUCCCAUCGGGAAUUCCUCGGAUGAUAUUUCCGUUUCCGAUCGCACGCGGUCGGAGAUGCUCGUCGGCGGCGGCGGAGGUGGCGGCUGCCGCGGAGGGAUGUGCGGGAGCUGAGCCGUCGGUUUCGUGGUGGGGAGAAAGGUGGGUUUGGGAAGAGGAUGAAGAAGGGGAGGGAGAGGAACAAUGGAUUGUUGCCUAAUUAUCUGAAUGUAAUUACGUCUUGUAUCAAGACCGUCUCCAGCAACGCCGGCUCUGUUGCUUCCACCGUCCGCUCCGCCGGCGCCUCCGUUGCCGCUUCGGUUUCGGCGGCUUCUGAGGACAACCGAGAUAAGGUAACCUGGGCUGGCUUUGACAAGCUAGAGCUUGGUCCAUCAGCGUUCAAACAUGUUCUCUUGCUUGGUUAUCAGAAUGGUUUUCAAGUACUUGAUGUUGAAGAAGCCUCUAAUUUCAGUGAGCUGGUAUCAAAGCGUGAUGGUCCGGUUACGUUCUUACAGAUGCAGCCAAUUCCUACAUCUGAUGGUCAUGAAGGAUUCAGAGCAUCACAUCCUUUACUGUUAGUUGUUGCUGGCGAUGAACCCAACAGCUUAAAUCUGGGGCAAGAUCGUAGCCAUUUGGACUGGUUGGGCAGAGAUAAUCUGGAUUCUCAUUCAGCGAACUGUGUCAACUCUCCAACAGCUGUUCAGUUUUACUCCCUUAGAUCUCAUUGUUAUGUUCAUGUUCUGAGAUUUCGUUCAGCUGUCUGUAUGGUUAGAUGCAGUCCUCGCAUAGUGGCAGUGAGUCUUGCAACACAGAUAUACUGCUUUGAUGCGCUCACCCUUGAGAAUAAGUUCAGUAUUCUCACCUAUCCUGUUCCUCAGCUGGGAGGUCAAGGAACACUUGGGGUUAAUAUUGGUUAUGGUCCAAUGGCUCUGGGUCCAAGGUGGUUAGCUUAUGCUUCUAACAACCCACUCCCCUUGAGCACAGGUCGCUUAAGUCCACAGAAUCUGACUCCUCCAGGCGUUAGUCCAUCAACAUCACCAGGCGGCAGUAGUUUUGUGGCACGUUAUGCAUUGGAGUCUAGUAAACAGUUAGCUGCUGGGAUUAUCAACCUGGGGGACAUGGGAUACAAAACAUUGUCAAAAUAUUGUCAAGAUCUGCUUCCGCUUCCUGAUGGUUCUAAUUCUCCAGUCUCACCAAGUUCAAGUUGGAAAGUUGGUAGGUUUGCAGCAACAGAAACAGAUAAUGUGGGAAUGGUGGUUAUCAAGGAUUUUGCUUCCCAAGCUGUUAUAUCACAAUUCAAAGCUCAUACCACUCCAAUAUCUGCACUAUGUUUUGACCCAAGUGGGACCCUUCUGGUAACAGCCUCAGUAUAUGGUAAUAGCAUAAAUAUCUUCCGGAUCAUGCCACCUUGUGCACACAGUCGAUCAGGAACUCAAAACAAUGACUGGAGUUCUUCUCAUGUGCAUCUUUACAAGCUACACCGUGGAAUUAGAACAGCUAUCAUCCAAGAUAUUUGCUUUAGUUAUUAUAGCCAAUGGAUUGCUAUUGUUUCAUCCAAGGGGACCUGCCACGUGUUUGUUCUAUCCCCUUUUGGCGGUGAUGCGGGCUUUCAAACUCUUAGUUCUCAGGUUGAAGAACCCAACAUUUUUCCAGUUCUAUCUCUGCCAUGGUGGUCCACUUCAUCUGGCAUCAUGAAUCAACAAUAUUUUCGACCUCCACCACCUGUAACCCUACCUGUUGUGAGCCGGAUAAAGGAUAGCAACUCUGGAUGGCUUAAUACAGUUAAUAAUGCUGCUUCUGUGAUGGGGAAGGUUUUUAUACCAUCUGGUGCCGUUGCCUCUGUUUUUCACAAUUCCAUAUCUAGCACUUUUCAGGAGCAUAACUCAAGGAUUAAUUCCUUGGAGCAUCUGUUAGUUUAUACUCCUUCAGGUCAUGUAGUUCAGCAUGAACUUCUGCCAUCACUUGAGUUAAAAAUGAGUGAUGGUGGUUCUAGAACCUGUUCGGGUUCCUUUGUGCAAAUCCAAGAUGAGGAAUUGAAGGUGAGAGUUGAACCUCUUCAAUGGUGGGAUGUAUGCAGAAGAUCUGAUUGGCCAGAAAGGGAGGAUUGCCUUUUGGGUGCUACCCUUGGUACACAAGAAGCUGCAGUGAUAGUUCCAGAUAGAUCAGGUCAUGAAGAUAAUUAUAGCACAAAUAAUGAUACUGGAGUAAAAGAUUCUGUUAAAACUGAUACAUUAAAGCUUCAGGAGCAAUCCCAUGGGUAUUUAUCCAAUGCUGAGGUGCAAAUAAGCCGUGCACAGUUUCCAAUGUGGCAAAAAUCUAAGAUUUGUUUCUACAUGAUGGCCUUUCCAAGAGUUGAUGAUUUUGCUGGAGGAGAGUUUGAAAUCGAAAAUGUCCCUGUGCAAGAACUUGAACUAAAGCAGAAGGACUUAUUACCUGUUUUUGAUCAUUUUCCUGCCAUUAGAUCUAGCUGGAAUGACAGAGGCCUAACUGUCGGAAGGUAUUCUAAUCCUUCAUUGUCAGGGCCUUAUCAAACAAAAGAAAGGGUCACUGAAGAGACUGUUAUUUGUCACUUGAAGUCAGCAUCACUUGGCUCCACUGAAAGUUUAGAUGGAGGAUCAUCAAGAACGAUCGGGACUUUGCUGGACAUGGAUCAAGUUAAUAUUGAGAAGUUGUACAUGUCAACUUGCCAGACUCUGAAUGAGUGUUGCCACAAAAGAAGAGAAACUUUGGCUGAUAAAUUUCCAGCAUCAAACCAGAAAACUUCAUCCAUUCUACCCACUAAUGAGUAUGCAAGGAAGGCUGGUUCUCAUGUUGAUAAGAAUCAUACUGUGAAUGCUUUAUCCUCAAUAGGAAGUGACUUGGCUUCUGUCAGACAAAUAGCUGUUGAAGGUUUGCUUGUGAAGACUGGUGUGAUUGGUGAUGUUCCGCCAUUGAGUGCUGACACUAUGAAUAUUUGUGCCAAGAAGCCUACGCCUUCAAAUAUGCAGUCUUCAGUAAACUUUGGGCAGUUUUGUCAGGAGGGAUACUGUAAAAUGUUGGAGGUUGAUAGAGAUUUGAUAAAUGAUGAUGUGGACAGUUGUAGCAGCCACUGUGAAGGUGAAAAACCUGAGGAAAAUGAGGAAGAUGAUGAAAUGCUUGGUGGCAUUUUUGCCUUUUCUGAAGAAGGUAGAAAUCUGAAGCUAUCGACACAUCCUUCCUGUAUCUAAUUAUGGAUAUGCUGGUUGUAAAUUACAUUGAUGCUUAAGUGGCUGUUUUCUUUUUGACUUCCUUGGUUGUAUCCUUCUGUUGCAGGUUGAUGUAUACCUUCCUGAAUUUAAAGAAGCUACCCAGACCAUGGAAUGAUUGCAUUUCCCAUUCAGAAUUUCGGUGAAGGCAUGAUCCAAUGUCAUUCGAGGAGACGUUGAUAGCAUCUUUCAACAAAUCAACAUGCAAUUGUUUGCAAAGCAUGCAUGCAGGGCCUGACAUCUCCAGGGGCAUAAUCAGCUCUGUUGUCUGACUCUCUCUCUCUCUCUCUCUCUCUCAUGUACAAUUUGUAGAUAGAAAUUCUUAAAAUUCAUGGAGAGUGCUACCUUUGUGGAAAGGGGUGAGUUAGAACUCCUAGCAGAACUGGAUCUGGUUUGGGUUCGCCGACUCUCCCGUGUGUACAGGAGAUUUUAGUGUGGACAAAGUUCUCUCCAAUAUGUAUAACAAUAUUCUUUCCAGAAAAGAAAAAAAAAAAAAAAAAAAAAAAGGCAAAAGAAAUGAAAAAGAGAAGAAUGAAAGAACUAUUAAGCCUUGAUGCUUUA